AUGUUGGAGGGGCUAAAGCUGCGUGAAAAUCUGAUAAAGGACCAGCAACACCGACACUCGAAGGCUGAGUUUGUAAGUCAGGAGGAGCUUCUCGACAGCCCGGAGAGGCAGCUGCAGGUGGAACAACUCCUCCGCCGGAACGCCGAUCCGAACGCUCCGGACCGGCUCGGCAACACAGCCCUCUUGUGCGCUGCAGCCCAAGGACACCCGGAACUGAUUCAGGCCUUGCUGGAUGCCGGGCGGAUUCGCGCCACAGCCCGCGCAAGUGCGGAAGAGGGCCUCCAGGAGGUAGUCGAGGCAUUGGAGACCGGGGCCCAGCUGGAGGCCCGCGAUGAGCAUGGCGACACGGCCCUCCUUGUCGCUGCAAUUUAUGACCGGCUGAAGGUGGUCGAGGCGUUGGUAGAGGCCGGCGCCCAGCUGGAUGCCCGCAAUGUGGAUGGCAGAACAGCCCUCAUAGCUGCUUCAAGUCUUGGCCACUUGCAGGUGGUCAAGGUCUUGGUGAACGCUGGAGCACAGCUGGAGGCUCACGAUGAGUUUGGCUGCACAUCCCUGAUAAGUGCUGCGCAAAGAGGUGAUGUCAAAGUGGUCGAGGUCUUGGUGAAGGCUGGAGCCCAGCUGGAGGCCUGCGAUAAGCACGGUGGCACGGCCCUCAUGUUCGCUGCACGCAGCGGCUACCAGGACGUGGUCGCGGUCUUGGUGAAGGCUGGAGCCAAGCUGGAGGCCCACGAUGAGCACCGCCAAAUGGCCCUCACUCUCGCGGCAAGCGAGGGCUACCAGGGAGUGGUCGGGGUCUUAGUGAAGGCUGGAGCGCAGCUGGAGGCCCGUGAUGAAUUUGGCAAAACAGCCCUCAUACGUGCUGCGGAAGCGGGCCGCCUGAAAGUGGUCGAGGUCUUGGUGAAGACCGGUGCCCAGCUGGAGGCCCGCGAUGAGCUUGGAGCCACGGCCCUCAUAACAGCUGCAAGCAAAGGCCAGCUGAAAGUUGUCGAAGCCUUGCUAAAGGCCGGCGCUCAGCUGGAGGCUCACAAUAAGUAUCGCCACACGGCCCUGAUUGUCGCUGCAUUCUUCGGCUACCAGGAAGUGGCCGAGGUGUUGGUGAAGGCUGGAGCCCAGCUGGAGGCCCGUGCACUUACAAUUGCCACACAUGAGGGUCACCUGAAAGUGGUUGAGGUGUUGGAGGAGGCCAGUGCCCGGCUGGAUGCCGGCAAUGUGGAUGGCGAAACAGCCCUCAAAGCGUAG